AGUCCAUCUAUAGACACCUGUUGUGUGAUAGAGAUCAUUAUUUAUAGUUUCAUCCCAGUAAAUAUUUCUAAGUUUUGUGGACGUUUAUUGUUAACUUUAAAAUUUCUAUCCCAUCGUAGACGAUAUUUACACUGUCAUCGGUUUGAGUGGCAUUCACCGUUCUUAGUACUUAUAGAUUAUCACGGGUCUUAACUAUGCGUCGUGAGUGCAUGGUUUUAUUAAUAUUAAAUGUUGCGGAAUAUUUCGCCGGCGCGAAGAACACGGUCGUCGCGGAUGAAAACGAGAGCUUGGAAUGGUGGCAAACUGCUGUUUACUACCAAGUCUAUCCGAGAUCAUUUAAGGAUAGCAAUGGUGACGGUAUUGGAGACCUCAAAGGGAUUGAAGAGAAAGCUGAGCACUUCAAAGACAUAGGAGUGGACUGUGUUUGGUUAUCACCAAUUUUCAAAUCACCCAUGGCUGACUUUGGUUACGAUAUUUCGGAUUACAAUGCGAUUGAUUCCGUGUAUGGCACAAUGGAUGAUUUUGUUUCGUUACAGAAAAAAUUGAAAUCUUUGGGCAUUAAGAUUAUUUUGGACUUCGUACCUAAUCAUUCAAGUGAUGAACACGAAUGGUUUAAAAAGUCUGUGCAAAAAAUUAUGCCAUACAAAAACUAUUAUGUAUGGAAAGAUGCUAAAUACGAUGAAAAUAAUUGUAGAGUGCCACCAAAUAAUUGGCAAAGUUUAUUCAGUAAUUCAGCAUGGACAUGGAAUGAAAAACGUGGACAAUAUUAUUUACAUCAAUUUGAUCCUAAACAACCAGAUUUAAAUUACAGAAAUAAAGCACUAGUUAAAGAAAUGAAAGACAACUUCAGGUUUUGGUUAGAUCUUGGUGUAGAUGGGUACAGAGUAGAUGCCGUACCAUUUUUGUUCGAGGAUCCACAAUUCUGUGACGAUAUCAGGAAACCAGAAGAGCUUGCUAUGAAAGAGAAAAAUACUUAUGAACAAUAUUAUCAUCCCAAUACAAUGGAUCUAGACGAAACCUAUGAUAUGAUCAAUCAGUUUAGGGAAGUAAUAGAUGAAUACAAACUGAAAGAUGGAAAAAGCAGAGUUAUGAUAACUGAAGCAUACACUUCUUUGGAAAACACUAUGAGAUAUUAUGGUAAUGAGACCAAUUUGGGAGCACAUAUGCCAUUUAACUUUGGAUUGAUCGAUCGAUUAAAUGAUCAUUCGAACGCCUCUAAAUUCAACGAUGCGAUAAAUAAUUGGUUGGACAAUAUGCCUGAAGGAAAAUGUGCGAACUGGGUGAUAGGAAACCAUGACCAGCCGCGCGUGGCCACUCGGUUCGGCAGUGAAAUGGUGGACGCCAUGAACAUGCUGAACAUGCUGUUGCCCGGCGCCGCGUUCACUUACAUGGGCGAGGAGAUCGGAAUGUCGGACACUGCCGUCCGCUGGGACCAGACGGUGGACCCGAGGGGCCUGAACGCGGGACCCGGCGGUUUUCGGACCUUGAGCAGGGACCCUGCCAGGUCUCCGUAUCAGUGGAACGCCAGUGCCAACGCCGGGUUCACGGUUUCGUCGACACCAUGGUUGCCGGUAAAUCCCAACUACUGGAAGCUGAACCUGGACGCGCAGCGGAAGCAGCACUGCAGCCAUUACACCGUGUACAAUCGGUUGGCCAGGCUCCGGAAGACCAGGACGGUGCAGCGCGGUUCGUUCGACGGCAGAGAGCUGUCCGAUUGGGUGUACGCGUUCACCAGGUCACUGCCGUCAGCAGAAACUUACCUGGUGGUGAUGAACGUCGGCUCGGAGGAUGAACAUGUCGACUUGAGUCGUUGGCCAACUACGGACGAAGACGAAACUUGGAUGGUGCACACGCCAAGUGUCAAUUCACAAUACACAAUAGGAUAUUCACUUAAGACAAAUGGAUUCAUGAUGAGACCAAAAUCAGCCAUGGUUUUGUGUAACAAAAGACAUUCAUUGGUAUUGUCGUCAUCUUCAUCUGCAACUUCGUCGACAUCCUCACCUUCGCUGUUGUUUCCGGUUGCAAUGUUCGUUGUCGCCAUGGGCUACUCUUUCGCCAACCAGUAAUCGUCAGUCAUCCAAGAAGAUUGAUUAUUUCUAAAAAUGCUAAUUUAUUAAAAAAAAACCUCAAUACUAUUGUGAAUCGUCCGGGCCAUUUUUAAAAUAUAAAUUAGAAAAUAGGUACAAUACCUACGUCUUUAUAGUGUUUUGAAAUCGAUGAAUUUCAUUUCUAAUAAUUAGUGGUAAUCAUCGUUGGACUUUAAAAUCGCGUUUACAAUCUUUUAUUUAUAACUGGCAUUAAUUUAAAAUAACAAAUAAUAAAGAGGAGAAAAUAAAUUAGGUAAUCACGCAGUAAAUCGGUGAAUAGUGAUCGAUACCUUGUGGCCUAAAUGUCAUAAUCAAUACCUAUAAUUUGAAACCAUUAUAAUAUUAUAGUUUGUCAUGCCUGUAACGUAGCAACGUCUUCCGUUGGCUUGUAUUAUAUAA